AUUUCCCACUCGGCCAGAAGGGACACGGUGUGGAGCUGCUGUGUCUUUCAUUCUUCCACCCUUUCCGUCGCCACCCCCGUCGUCCUCGUUUCGUUUCAUUCUUUAAUAGUUUGUUUGCACUGUUAGCUUGUUUCAAGCAUGUAUCGGUAUUUCGGAGAGCUCUUGAGCCGCUCUGCGGGAAGUGCCCUGGCCUCGGGAUGCGUUGACUCCGCUCUCCCGGUGUCGUCGUCCCUGAUGCGGGUCCGCCGCUAUACCGACGCGGCCGAUAAGCCCGACGACCCUAACUUCUUCAAGAUGGUCGAGGGGUUCUUCGACCGCGGUGCCGCUAUCGUGGAGGACAAGUUGGUGGAGGAUCUGAAGACCAGGGAGAGCUCCGAGCAGAAAAGGCACCGUGUUCGCGGAAUCCUGCGCAUCAUCAAGCCCUGCAAUCACGUCCUGAGCGUGUCGUUCCCGAUCAAGAGGGACAAUGGAGAGUGGGAAGUGGUGGAGGGGUACCGAGCCCAGCACAGCCAGCACAGGACACCAUGCAAAGGGGGUAUCCGUUACAGUACCGAUGUGUCUGUGGAUGAGGUGAAAGCCUUGGCCUCUUUGAUGACCUACAAGUGUGCUGUCGUUGAUGUGCCGUUUGGAGGGGCCAAAGCUGGAGUGAAGAUCAACACCAAGAACUACUCUGAUAAUGAACUGGAGAAGAUAACCAGGAGGUUCACCAUUGAACUGGCCAAAAAGGGUUUCAUUGGGCCUGGCAUCGAUGUCCCUGCACCAGACAUGAGCACCGGAGAGAGGGAAAUGUCCUGGAUCGCCGACACUUAUGCCAACACCAUCGCGCACACUGACAUCAACGCCCAUGCAUGUGUGACAGGAAAGCCCAUCAGCCAGGGAGGAAUCCACGGCCGCAUCUCUGCUACGGGCCGUGGAGUUUUCCACGGCAUUGAGAACUUCAUCAACGAGGCGUCCUACAUGAGCAUGGUGGGCCUUACACCUGGCUUCCAGGACAAGACCUUCGUCAUUCAGGGAUUUGGUAAUGUGGGUCUCCACUCCAUGAGGUACCUGCACCGUUUCGGUGCCAAGUGUGUGGGUGUCGGUGAGAUUGAUGGAGCCAUCUACAACCCCGACGGCAUCGAUCCCAAACAACUGGAGGACUACAAACUGCAACAUGGCACCAUUGUGGGGUUCCCAGGAGCAAAGCCCUACGAAGGGAACAUUUUGGAGGCUGACUGCCACAUCCUGAUUCCUGCUGCUGGAGAAAAGCAGCUCACACGCAACAACGCCUCCAGGAUCAAGGCUAAGAUCAUCGCUGAGGGUGCCAAUGGACCCACCACUCCAGAUGCAGACAAGAUCUUUCUGAAGAAUAACGUCAUGGUUAUUCCUGACAUGUACCUGAAUGCUGGUGGUGUGACUGUAUCGUAUUUCGAGUGGCUGAAGAAUCUCAAUCAUGUCAGCUAUGGAAGACUGACCUUCAAGUACGAGAGGGAUUCAAACUACCACCUUCUCAUGUCGGUGCAGGAGAGCUUAGAGAGGAAGUUUGGCAAGCAGGCAGGACCCAUCCCCAUUGUUCCUACCGCUGACUUCCAGGCCAGAAUUGCUGGCGCCUCGGAGAAGGACAUCGUCCACUCUGGGCUGGCCUACACAAUGGAGCGAUCUGCCCGGCAAAUCAUGCGCACAGCAAGCAAGUACAACCUGGGUCUGGACCUGCGGACGGCCGCCUACGUCAACGCCAUCGAGAAGGUCUUCAAGGUCUACAACGAAGCUGGGCUCACCUUCACAUAAAAGGCCCCUCCUGAACCUGCACGGUUCUCCUUUCCUCCACUCUAACUGCUCUUCAUCCCUCUCUCCAGCUUCCUUCUUAACUCUCUAAACAGCCUUCUGAACAUAUCACUGUUUACCGCAGCUGCCCACACAUGCAGCCUCAGCCAUGCGUUUUCCCCUGCGAUAUUUGUGCAGCCGUAGAGAUGCCACCAUGUUCUCAUCUCCGCCUGAAGCUACACUGAGCUGGAGCGGAGAUCGAUGUUUGUAGAGAGGGCGAAGGACUCUGUCCCUCCCUCUGCAGUCAUAUAAGUGUUUAUUUUGUGGUUUGGCAGCCAUAUUCACGGCGUUCCUAUCGUAGUUGUUGAAUGCAUGUGUAACCUUUAUGUUGUAGCCGUUUUUAUUGACAGCCCUGCUGAUGCCUUAUUUCAGGAAGAGGUCAGACUUUAAAGGGAGCCGACCGCUUCAGUCUGAUGUUGAAUAAAAGGGAUUUAGAUUUAACUCCAUGUGAAUUAGUAAGAUUAGUUAUUUUAGUCUUUCCAGUGAAAAGAUUAGCGAUAAGCUUUCAAAUUUUUUUUUUUUUCACACAAGUGUUUUUACUGUCCUCUUCUCCUUCAUUCUUAUGGUUUCCCUGUUGCUUCAGCUUAAAUGUAGCUUCUUCUGACUCUAUCACUAAACAGGAGCAGAGGUGGGCGACCUGUUCCUGUAUCGUCCCUGCUAGUUCUCCUCAGUUUAACCGUCCUGUUGUGCUGCAUUGAUGCGAUUUCUGGAGGAAAUUCAAAUUUUUAACUUGAAAUUUUUAUUGUGUUAAAUUUUUAUUUGGAAACAAAUAAAAUGUUUGCACAAAG